CAAUUACUGAUCAAAAUAGUUUAUAACUCCCACUUGCUGUUGACAAGAAGCUGAUCAGUUCGCCUAAAUAAAGUCCAUCUCUUGCAGGUUCCCCAUGCUCAAAAAACAAUGGAGAUGGCUUCUCUAAACUCUUCCUUGUUGCCAUUAUUGUUUAUUCUUCUCUCAUCUUUCUCAUGGUUAACCCUAGCCCAUCCCCACGAGGAUUUUCUUCAGUGUCUUUCCUUUCAUUUUCAAGACUCCACCGCCAUUUCUAAGCUCAUUUACACCGUAAGAAGCUCCUCGUAUUCUUCUGUCUUGCAGUUCUCGGUUCAAAACCAUCGGUUCAAUACAACCUCUGAUCCAAAACCUGCAGUAAUCUUUACGCCAACGAAUGUAUCCCACGUUCAGGCUGCGAUUUAUUGCUCCCGAAAGCAAAACUUGCAUAUUAGAAUUCGGAGUGGUGGCCAUGAUUAUGAGGGCCUUUCUUAUGUAUCGUAUUCACUCCCAUUUGUGAUCGUUGAUCUAAUCAAUCUUCGAAAAGUCGCAGUUGAUGCAAGGCAUAAAACUGCAUGGGUCCAGGCUGGUGCAUCUCUCGGCGAACUUUACUAUAGAAUUGCUGAGAAGAAUAGAACUCUUGCCUUUCCAGCAGGAAUUUGGCCUACUAUUGGUGUUGGUGGUCACAUUAGUGGAGGAGGAUAUGGCAUGAUUAUGCGGAAAUACGGCCUUGCUGCUGACAAUGUCAUUGAUGCUCAACUGAUUGAUGUUAAGGGUAGAAUCCUUGACAGAUCAUCGAUGGGAGAAGAUCUGUUUUGGGCCAUUCGAGGCGGUGGAGGAAAUACUUUCGGAGUUGUUGUCGCAUGGAAAUUGAAGCUGGUUCCAGUUCCACCUACAGUGACUGUCUUCACCGUCCCAAGAACCUUGGAACAAAAUGCAACAAAGCUUGUCCAUCGGUGGCAAUCGGUUGCGAGUAAGCUUCACAAAGAUCUCACUAUUGCCUUAGUCCUAAGGAGAAUCAAUUCUAGUGAAGAAGGAAAGACAACAAUAUUAGCUGCAUUCACUUCCUUGUUUCUUGGUGGAGUUGAUAGACUCCUUCCAUUGAUGCAAGAGAGCUUUCCCGAGCUCGGUUUGGUUAAAGAAGAUUGCAUCGAAAUGAGCUGGAUCGAGUCUGUCCUCUAUGUUGUCGGAUUCCCAAGUAAUGCAUCCUCGGAUGUUUUGCUAGGUAGGACUCCUCUAACUAACAGAAACUUCAAAGGAAAAUCUGACUACGUUGAAGAACCCAUGCCGGAAACUGCAUUAGAAGGGAUUUGGGAACGAUUCCUUGAAGCAGAUAUCGACACGCCUCAAAUGGUCUGGGCUCCUUAUGGAGGAAAAAUGGAUGAGAUCUCAGAAACUAGCAUUCCAUUUUCACAUCGAUCCGGGAAUCUGUACAAGAUUCAACACUUGGUGUUUUGGGACGAAGAAGGCAACGAGGCAUCGAACAGGCAUAUAAGCUGGAUCAGAAGGCUUUACGAUUACUUAACUCCUUAUGUUUCAAAAAACCCUCGAGCUGCAUAUGUCAAUUAUAGGGAUCUUGACAUAGGCAUAAAUAAUAUUCAAGGAAACACAAGUUAUCGACAAGCAAGUAUUUGGGGUAUCAAAUACUUUGACAAUAACUUUGAUAUGUUAGUGUCUGUGAAGACUAGAGUUGAUCCUACUAAUUUCUUUAGAAAUGAACAAAGCAUCCCACCUCUCUCUUCCUAGCUAAAGGAGGGAGAUAGGGAGAGAUGAAAUUAAAUGGUAAUAAAGAUGUUGUCAAAAAUAGUUUUUUCUUCUUUUUUAUCACAA